CCUGUCAACAAUAAAUUUUUCACUCUGGACGAAACCUUUAACAGGGAUGAAAUGAACAUCCAAAUUCAGGAGGAAGAGCACAUUCAGGAAUUCGAUAUUCAACAGAAUUCAGAAAAAGAAAAACAUUUUAAAUAUAAUAUCAGAACAAACAGAUACGUUUCUUCGAGUAGAAAAUGGAAUAAAAUUUAUGAUAAGAUUAAAAGUAAAUAUUUCAAGCUGAUGAUCGCAUUUCAUUCUAAAAAAGAACUUACGUGUGAAUUAUGUAAACAGACAUUUACAAAUAAGAGAAUAUUAGAAACACAUCUGUUAUGUCAUAUCAGAAAAAAACCAUUUUUCUGCACAAUCUGCAAUGACCAGUUUUUGUGGCAAUUUCUUUUGCGAAGACACAUGAAGGAACACCAAACUGAAAAUAAAAACGAAAUCUCUCAUAUGAAUUUACGUUUGCAGCCAUCUGCAAAACGAGUGAAGUUGUUUUUAAGAAAUGGUAAAAAAUCUAAUAUUCAAAGGAAAAACGACAUUUGUGGUAAGCGCGUUGAAUAUGGUAAAAGCUGUUUAGAGAUACAGAAUAGAAUACAAAAAGUUCAUGCCUGCAAAAUAUGUGGAAAAGAAUUUAAGCGGAAAUGCCUAUUGUUAAGUCAUGGAGCACGACAUAAUGAAGAACGUCCUUUCAAAUGCGAUAAUUGUAAUAAGAGUUUUAAAAGAAAAAGUGAACUAAAAAGCCAUCAAAAUUAUCAUAGUGAAGAACGUCCUUAUAAAUGCGAUAUUUGUAAUAUGGGGUUUAAAAGGAAAGGCGAACUAAAAAGGCAUCAACGAACUCAUAGUGAAGAACGUCCUUUCAAAUGCGAUAUUUGUAAUAAGGGUUUCAAAUUGAAAAGGCAACUAAAAAGCCAUCACUUAACUCAUAGUGAAGAACGUCCUUUCAAAUGCGAUAUUUGUAAUAAGUGUUUCAAAUGGAAAGUGUAUCUAAAAAUCCAUAAAAAAACACAUAGUGAAGAACGUCCUUUCAAAUGCGAUAGUUGUAAUAAGGGCUUUAAAAGGAAAGAUGAACUAAAAAGCCAUCAAUAUUAUCAUACUGAAGAACGUCCUUUCAAAUGCUAUAGUUGUAAUAAGAGUUUUAAAAGGAAAAGGGAACUACAAAGCCAUGAAAAAACUCAUAGUGAAAAACGUCCUUUCAAAUGCGAUAUUUGUAAUAAGGGUUUCAAAUUGAAACAAGUACUAACAAGCCAUCACAAAACUCAUAGUGAAGAACGUCCUUUCAAAUGCGAUAGUUGUAAUAAGGGUUAUAAUAGCAAAAGGGAACUAAAAAGGCAUCAAGAAACUCAUAGUAAAAGCCAUCAAUAUUAUCAUACUGAAGAACGUCCUUUCAAAUGCGAUAGUUGUAAUAAGGGUUAUAAUAGCAAAAGGGAACUAAAAAGGCAUCAAGAAACUCAUAGUGAAGAACGUCCUUUCAAAUGCGAUACUUGUUAUAAGGGUUUCAAAUUGAAAGCGCUACUAAAACGCCAUCAAAUUUAUCAUAUUGAAGAACGUCCUUUCAUAUGCGAUAUUUGUAAUAUGGGUUUUAAACAGAAAGUGCAACUAAACAGGCAUAAAGAAACUCAUAGUGAAGAACGUCCUUUCAAAUGUUAUAGUUGUAAGAAGAGUUUUAAAAGGAAAAGGGAACUAAAAAGCCACGAAAAAACUCAUAGUGAAGAACGUCCUUUCAAAUGUAAUAUUUGUAAUAAGGGUUUCAAAUUGAAAUAUUUACUAGCAAGCCAUCAGAGAACUCAUAGUGAAGAACGCCCUUUCAAUUGCGAAAUUUGUAAUAAGGGUUUUAAAUGGAAAGGGCAAGUAAAAAGCCAUCAAAAUAUUCAUAGUGAAGAACGUCCUUUCAAAUGCGAUAUUUGUAAUAAGGGUUUUAAUCAAAAAGGUAAACUAAAAAGCCAUCAAAAUAUUCAUAGUGAAGAACGUCCUUUUAAAUGCGAAAUUUGUAAUAAGGGUUUUAAUCAGAAAAGUGUACUAAAAACCCAUCAAAAUAUUCAUAGUGAAGAACCUCUUUUCAAAUGCGAUAUUUGUAAUAAAGGUUUCAAAUGGAAAGAGAAUUUAAAAACCCAUCAAAAUAUUCAUAGUGAAGACCGUCCUUUCAAAUGCGAUAUUUGUAAUAAGGCUUUCAAAUGGAAAGCGCAACUAAAACCCCAUCAUAAAACUCAUACUGAUGAACGUAACUAUUCUUCUUAGGUAUGUAACAAAAGGUUUAAAAUCAAAGAAAAAAAAUGUUUGAUAGCUCAUAAAAUCGUUUAUAAUGAGAAAUUCAACCAUACUUGCGAUAGGCCUAUAUGUAACAAAUAUUUUAAAACAGAACAUUAUUUGGCAUGUCAUGAAGUAGUUAAUAAUCAAUUUGACUAUACGUAAUACGUAGAACUCCCAACGUGUUGAAGGUGUCACGUGCUACCAUCUCAUACUCUGACGUCAAAUUGGUAGUUUUGAGUUUUAACUUACGUGCUUUCCUGUCUCACCAUUUAAGUUGCUACUCACGUUGAGUCGAGCAUGUGAUAUCGCUGCACGAAAGUGAAAAUGGCUGACGGAUACGCAAUUUUUAUCGCUAUAAAAGAAUUAGAAAG